GCCUCUUCUCCCUGGUUUACCACCGGAAGAGGGCGGGGCCGCGGCGCCAGACUCCCGUCAGGUGACCGAGCGUGCCGGGUGACGUCACGGGGUUUGCGGAAGUGACCAGGAGAGACCGGGGGAGGCGGAAGGAUCGAGGUGCCGCUGUCACCAUGGACCUGCUGUUCGGGCGGCGGAAGACGCCGGAGGAGCUGCUGCGGCAGAACCAGCGGGCGCUGGCCCGCGCCAUGCGGGAGCUGGACCGCGAGCGCCAGAAGCUGGAGGCCCAGGAGAAGAAGAUCAUCGUCGACAUCAAAAAGAUGGCCAAGCAGGGCCAGAUGGACGCAGUGAAGAUCAUGGCGAAGGACCUGGUGCGGACGCGGCGCUACGUGAAGAAGUUCAUCACCAUGAGGGCCAACGUCCAGGCCGUGUCCCUCAAGAUCCAGACCCUCAAGUCCAACAACUCCAUGGCCCAGGCCAUGAAGGGCGUCACCAAGGCCAUGGCCACCAUGAACCGACAGCUGAAGCUGCCACAGAUCCAGAAGAUCAUGAUGGAGUUUGAGAAGCAGGCGGAGAUCAUGGAUAUGAAAGAGGAGCUGAUGAACGACGCCAUCGAUGAUGCCAUGGGGGACGAGGACGAUGAGGAGGAGAGCGACGCGGUGGUGUCACAGGUGCUGGACGAGCUGGGGCUGAACCUCACCGACGAGCUGGCCACCCUGCCCCCGCCGGGGGGGUCGCUGGCGGCGGGGGAGGGGCGGGCGGCCGAGGCGGCGGCUGCGUUGGCCGAUGCCGACGCCGACCUGGAGGAACGGCUGAAGAACCUGCGCCGCGACUGACCCCCGACCUCCGACCUCUGACCUCUGACCCCUCGCCCCCCCCCUCGCCCCCCCAGCCUCCCACCCUGCGGGGUGUCCCCCCCCCCCGCUGCUCGGCGACCCCGGGGGUGGCCUCCCCCUCCCCCCCCAGCGACCUACGACCCCGGGGUUGACCUCCACGACCUUCGACCCCCCCGGGGUUGACACCCCCCCCCCCCGGCGACCUUCGACCCCUGGGUUGGCCCUUUGACCCCCGGGCUUGACCUCUGUGACCCUGGGGUUGACCCCCCCACGACCUUUGACCCCGGGGUUGACCCCUUGACAACGGACGACCCCCGGGGUUGACCUCCACGACCUUCGACCCUGGGGGUAUUUCCCCCCCCCCCGGGUAUCUGCCCCCUUUUUUGGGGGUAUUUGCCCCCCCCCCCCGGUAUAUUUGCCCCCACCUUUGGGUAUUUGCCCCCCUCCCCCCGAGGCAUUU